GAGUACACCGGGCUCAGCCCCCGCAGGGCGCAUGAAAGUCGGGCCGCAAUCAGGCGUAGGACUCCCGCUCUCCGCACAGGAAAGAGGCGGGGCCCUUGCAGGGCGCCGGCCGGGAAGCCCCUCAGGAGGCGGGGAAAUCUCCUUGCACAGCGGAGAGCUCCCCAGAGAGGGGUUCAGCCCGCCCGGGCCGCGAGGGCGCCGCACGCAGGAGGAUGAAUUCCCGCCCCAGGGCGGCCUUUGCCUGCCAGGAACGGCGGGGGCGGGCAGGCGCUGCGGUCCGGAAGGCGGCUACUGAGCACCGGGGAAGAGGGAGGGAGCGGGCGGAGUCGCAGUGACAGGCUCGGCUGAGACAUCAUGGCGACCCGGCUGCUGCUGCUCUCCCCUGCCUCCUGCCUGAGGCAGACUCAGGCCCUGGGCGCUCCAGCGGCCCCCGGGCUGCGGAGGGGCUACAGCAGCGCCGACUCCUUGCAGUACCUGCACCGCAGCAUCGUGCCCACCAUGCACUUUCAGAAAAGCCUGCCCAGGUUGCCAAUUCCCAAACUAGAAGAUACUGUUAGGAGGUAUCUGAAUGCCCAAAAGCCUCUCUUAGAUGAUGAUCAGUUCAGGAAAACUGAAGAACUUGGUCGCAGCUUUGAGCAUGGAAUUGGAAGAGAAUUGCAUGAGCAGCUGGUUGCUCAAGACAAGCAGAACAAACAUACUAGUUACAUCUCAGGUUCCUGGUUUGAUAUGUAUCUAAGUUCACGUGAAUCUGUUGUUUUGAAUUUUAACCCAUUUAUGUCUUUCAACCCUGACCCAAAAGCUGAAUAUAAUGAUCAGCUCACACGAGCAACUAACAUGACUGUUUCUGCUAUACGUUUUUUGAAGACCUUCAGGGCUGGCUAUCUAGAGCCAGAGGUUUUUCACCUCAAUCCAGACAAAAGUGACACGCAAACCUUUAGGAGACUCAUUCGAUUUGUGCCUUCAUCUGUAUCAUGGUUUGGUGCCUACAUGGUCAAUGCAUACCCCUUAGAUAUGUCUCAGUACUUCCGGCUUUUCAAUUCCACACGAUUGCCUAAGCUCAGUCGAGACGAGCUUUUUACAGAUGAAAAAGCAAAGCACUUGCUGGUGCUCAGAAAUGGGAACUUUUAUGUAUUUGAUGUCAUUGAUAGAGAUGGGAAUAUAGUGAAGCCUUCUGAAAUACAAGCACACCUGAAAUACAUACUUAGUGACAACAGUCCAGCCCCAGCCUUCCCUCUUGCAUAUUUGCCCAGUGAAAACCGAGAUUCAUGGGCACUACUGAGGCAGAAGCUACUCGAUAAUGGCAAUGAGGAAGUCCUCCAAAAGGUGGAUUCUGCUGUCUUCUGUCUUUGUUUAGAUGACUUCCCCAUUAAAGACCUUGUGCACUUGUCUCACACCAUGUUGCAUGGAGAUGGUAUUAACCGCUGGUAUGAUAAAUCCUUUAACCUUAUCCUAACCAAAGAUGGCAAUGCGGCCAUUCAUUUUGAACAUUCCUGGGGAGAUGGUGUGGCUGUAUUAAGAUUUCAGAAUGAAGUGUUUAAAGACAGCACCCAGAAGCCAGCUGUCACCCCACAAUCUCAACCUGCUGCCAUUGACUCUUCCAGCGCUGUGCAGAAACUCAGCUUUAAGUUGAAUGAUGCCUUAAAAGCAGGAAUUACCAAAGCCAAACAGAAAUUUGAUGCCGCUAUGGAAACCUUGACUCUUGACUGUAUUCAGUUUAAGAAAGGAGGCAAGGAGUUUUUAAAGCAGAAGAAGAUAAGUCCUGAUGCUGUUGCUCAGCUUUCUUUCCAGAUGGCUUUCCUUCGGCAGUAUGGCCAGACUGUUGCCACAUAUGAGUCUUGCAGUACUGCAGCUUUCAAACAUGGUCGCACAGAGACCAUCCGUCCCGCCUCCGUCUAUACAAAGAAGUGCACAGAAGCUUUUGUCAGGCAGCCUUCCAAACACAGCACAGAGGAGCUUCAGCAGAUGAUUGCUGAGUGCUCUAAGUACCACAGCCAGUUGACAAAAGAAGCUGCUAUGGGUCAAGGAUUUGACCGGCAUUUGUUCAGUUUGCGUUAUUUGGCAGCAUCAAAAGGUAUCCCCUUACCUGACAUCUACCAGGACCAAGCCUAUGCUCAGCUGAAUCACAACGUUCUGUCCACAAGCACGUUGAACAGCCCGGCUGUGAAUAUGGGAGGAUUUGCUCCAGUGGUGCCGGAUGGCUUUGGUGUAGGCUAUGGAGUGCAUGAUGAUUGGAUUGGCUGCAGUGCCUCCUCUUACCCAGCCAGGAAUGUACACGAAUUCCUCCAGUGUGUGCAUAGGUCACUGGAAGAUAUUUUUCAUGUUUUAGAAGAACACUCCAGACUUCUUGCAUGGCACCACGAGUAUCUGUUGGAACCUUUCAGCCUAUUUGCCAAGGCAAGUGGCAGGGAUGUCUUAGUAUUUGCAGAUUUAAGAUGUCUCUGAAAUAAAGGUAUUGGGCUUGAGGUGGGAGAGGCUCAAGGAGCUUUCCAGCGGGGACAGUAGAAUUUCCUGAAGGAUGGCAGCAGCAGCAUCUGCUAGAUUUAUUCAAGAUCUUGUAACUUUAGAGUCAUAUUAAUUUGAUGCCAAAAAUCUGAUGCGACACCCAAUGCAGCAGAAUUCAUACAAAAGACAUAAGAACCUUUGCUCUCCAGGAGUGCCCCCUCCCUUCAACUGCUGAUAUUCUUAACAGUACUGUCACUGGUCCUUGCUUUGGGGCUUUAUCUUUUGCAUUAGCUUCAGCAGCUCUAUUAAAAACACACUCAACCUCUCCAAAAAAAAAAAAAAAAAAGUUUGUGGCUGCUCUGAGAGGGAAAGUAUCCCCUGUCUAUUUUGAAAGCGCAAAAGAUAAUUCUCUUCCCUGGUUCCUUUCUCUGCUGCUAGCUUUUCAAAAUAGCACUAAAGUGUCCAUUUCACAGAUGUUUGAACAGUACCAAAACAUAACAUGGUAGCAGACAGUAUAUUCUAAGUGGAUGGUGCUAGGAUGUCACUGAUGGGAUUCAUAAGACCAGAAGUUUACUUGCCUUCAGUUUUUCUUUGUGUAAUAUAGAUUCCCUCAGUUCUUUGCUUUAUCAAAAAGUGAUACACCAUGAGUGCAGCUAGUGAACACAAGAUACCAUAUCUUAUGUAUAAAAUGAAUCACAGUUACCAGGGUGAAGCAACCCUAAAACACAGGCCUCUCCAGAUUCCUAUCUAUCAAUAUGUAGCAGGGCUUUUUAUCCCUCUGCAGGCUGCUGCUAAAAGGCAGGAUACUACAUCAUGUGCUGCACUUACUUUGCUGUUGAGACUUUGAUGAAUGAUGACUUCCUGGUGCUGAAGAGUACAUUUGGAUUUGGGGAAAAAGCCUUACAGAACAGACAGGGAAAGACUAGAGGUGGGGGUGGGUAUUAAAUUCAAAACCUUUGGCAUACUUGGCUGUUUCCUUUUGAACUGACAUCUUUUAUUCAAGAGGGAAAAUAUUUGCUUACUGAGUGGGGUAAAAAAAAUUGUGUAAAGAUCAUUUGGUUUUCAGAAGAUAGUUUAUGUUUUUAGCUUAGUUUGUAUUUGUUUACAUUUAUGUAUAAUUAAGUUAUCACUUAAAAUUUGAAAUACAAGUCAGUUAGCAGGAAAUGGUAACAGCAGGUUUACUUGAACUAGCCAGAAACUAUUACAAAGAUAUACUUCUGGCUUCAGGCCCUAACACCUGCAAUUACCUAAUGUGCCAGUGACAAUGAUCAAGACUGAAAGUUAUUUAUAUAAUAGGGUAUUUUGCCAAUGAUAAAUCCUUCCAUGUUGUCUUUAACCCUGAAGGCAAUGACUAUUUAGUAGAUGUUGACUAACACAUUGGCCCUUUAGAGACAGAUUUAACGAGAAAUACAGCAGGGCCUUUCAAUGUUAGGUUUGGCUGUACUGAGUUUCAUCUGAGUAAACUACUUGAAUAGAACCAGUCAGACUGGUGGAAAAGUACUUGCUGUCCCAAGACUGAUUAAU